AGCUUCAAUAAAUACAUGUUUCGACUGAAAAUUAAAAUAUUAACUGAUUCAAGAGUUGCAUCUUAUUAUGUUAUCCCAUCAACAACUGUGAAUAGUAACUGCAACCAAGAUGCAGUGUUCAAGACCAGUCCCAUGAAUCUAUUGAACGAAAGGACUCUGAAGGGUACCUUCUUUGGAAACUAUAAACCGCGAUCUGACAUUCCUUCGGUUGUCGAAAAGUAUAUGAACAAGGAACUUGAGGUGGAGAAGUUCAUAACACAUGAAGUGCCAUUUUCAGAGAUCAACAAGGCCUUUGACUUGAUGCUUAAAGGGGAAGGUCUUCGUUGCAUUAUUCGUAUGGAUGCAUAAAUAGUUUCAAACUGUGCAAGAGAGAGCAGUAGGAGUCGUCUAUUCGUAAAGAUAUAUGUGUGUGUUUCUUGUU